AUGGCCCCGCUGAAGGCGCACCUAGCGCCGGCGGUGCCGGCAGAGGCGGCAUCGCAGCCGCGGCAGCAGCAGCAGCCGGCGGUGCAGUUGUCAUCUGGCCCGGGGAUUCCAGGGUUUGAGUCUGCGCCUCCCCCUGCGGAUUCCGCCUUCCCCGGUCUCUCCCGUUCCACGUCCGCGGGCGGAGCAGCAGUUCGGCCUGGGGCUCCGGGCGUAUCUGUGCCGGGCGCAGGCGCGCCUGCGCCAGUCGCAGGGUCCGGGGGAGCGCCCGGCGCAGGAUCUGCGGGCGUGCCUGCGCCGAGAAUAUCGUUCGCCGCUGCAGCAGCGGCUGGGGGGAUGUCGUACGCGCAAAGAGCGGCGCAGGCGCUGAAUCGCGCGGCUGCACCUCCCGCCCAGGCGCAACAGGCGCAGACACAGGCGCAGCAAGCGCGGGUGGGUGGAAGCGGGGCGCAGCAAGCGGCAGGUCAAGCGGGGGAAGCCGCCUCACAGGGGAAGGCGGACGCUGCUAAGCCGCCGCAGGGCACGGAAACAGCAGCACAGGCGGGGGGUCAGGGGGCAGCGGGCGGGGCAAAGGGUAGCGCCAAGGCUGGGGCGAAACCACCAGUGAAGGCUCCUGGUCCUGCUGCGGCUGUGGCGGGGCCUCCUGCUCUCCCCCCUGGCGUAUCGCCUGUAGCUCUGCAGUUCGGCACGUUCAACCCUAACUUCAUGGGCGCCAGCGGCCCUGUCAUUGUCCCCCCGCGCACCACCUCUGCUCCGCCCAAUCUGGACGAGCAACAGAAGGAGCAGGUUGGAGUAGCAGCGGCACGGCAGAACCAACAGCAACAGCAGCAGCAGCAGCAGCAGCAGCAGCAGCAGCAGCAGCAGCAGCAGCAGCAGCAGCAGCAGCAGCAGCAGCAGCAGCAGCAGCAGCAGCAGCAGAGACAACAGCAACAGCAACAGCAACAGCAAAGACAGCAGCAUCAACAGCAGCAGCAGCAGCAGCACCUGCAGCAGCAGAGACUUCAUCAACACCAGCUUCAGCAGCAACAGCAGCAGCAGCAGCAGCAGCAGCAGCAGCAGCAGCCUCGCGGUCAGGGCUUUCAACAACCUCCCUUUCAGCACCAACACAUUCCGCUACACCAGCAGCACCCGCACGCACCAGGGCAAGUCCCCAUCCCUAUGCAACAGCAACAACAACAGCAACAGCAACAGCAACAACAACAGCAACAGCAGCAGCAGCAGCAGCAGCAGCAGCAGCAGCAGCAGCAUAGACCCCAACACCCUGGGCAGCCAUCUCAGCAACCCCCACAGCCCUCCCCUCCUCCGCCUCUCGUUCAACCGCCCUUGCAGCCACUUCCCGCCCCUCACAUACGCCCUCCCCUGAUGAUGCCUGGCGGCCAACCUCAGCUACAACCGGGCCAGCUACAACCGGGCAUGACUAUUCAGUACGGCACGGUCCCAGCAGGAUCCCAAUAUCCAGGCAUGCAAAACCAGAAGCCCUCUGCGCUGCUACAGCCUAGGGCAAGCCGGGCACUUAAAAUUAUGGAUCCGACCACUCAGAAAGAGGUGAAGGUGGAAAAAGUGCCCGCGACUAAGUCCAAGCCCGGGGCAGGAGCAGCAGCAGCAGGAGCAGCGGGAACAGGAACGGGAGCAGCAGGAGCAACAGGAGGAGGGGCGAGGGCAGGGACGGGCGCAGGGGCAGGGGCAGCAGGAGGGGCAGGGGAGGGCGCAGGUGCAGGGGCAGGGGGAGCAGCAGUGGGGGCAGCUGGGGGACCGGCAGGGGGGGCAGCAGGGAGAGGCAGCACAAGCGCUACAACCUCUCCUGCUCCUCACGGGCUUACCUCAACCCCUGCAGGCCUGACCUUCGAAAUCCCAGCCCAGCCACCCACCCCAGGUUCCGCCCCCACCACUCCUCACGGCGGCCUAGUCUCCCCCGCUGCUGGGGCGGCAGCAGCAGGGGUGGCCGGCCGGGGGAUGCCUAUUGGAGUGGCGGCAGCAGCAGCAGGCGCGCGCCCCCCCAUGGGGUUCCCGCAGCCCGGGCACAUGCUUCCAUCCAUGUACUAUCCGGGCAUGCCUGGUGUGGGGGGAGUGCCGGGGGUGCCUGGGGUGCCCGGGGUGGCAGGUGUUCCCCCCGGUGCCUUCCCCCAGGCGCGUUUCUUCCCCCCACAGCAGCCCGGGCCUAUGCCAGCAGGCGGGGGGAUGGUCGGGGGGCCGGGAGGGGGGAUGGGCGGACCAGGGGCAGGCGGGCAGGGUAGGUUUACCCCCCCGUAUCCGCAGCAGGCGGGGCAUGGCGGGGGGGUGAGGCCGCAUAUGGGACACGUUUUGCCACACCAGCAGAUGCCAGGGGGCGGGCCGGCUGGUAUGGUGCACUAUGCUACUGGUGCCAUUCCUGGCGCCGUACCUGGUGGUCCAGGUUCGGGAGCGGGAGGUGCGGGCGCUGGCGGGGCUGGUUCGGGGGCAGGAGAGGAGAUGCCCAUGCCUGGGAUGGAUGGUAUGGGGAACAUGCCUGUGUCGUCGCCGGUCGGUCAGGGGCCAGGUAUGGCGAUCCCAAACCUGCCGAUGAUGGCUCCUGUAGGCUCGGGAGGGCCGGGUGUGGGGGGUUAUAUGAUGGGCGCGGGGACAGGGUUUGUGAUUCCAGCGCAUGGGCGGGGAGUUGGGGGAGGAGGGGGAAUGGGGGGAAUGGGCGGAGGAGGAAGGGCAGGGGGAAUGCACGGGAGGGGGGCAGGUGGAGCAGGCGGGGCAGGGGGGACAGGGCCUGGGGCGGGUAGGGGAAGCGGGGUAAGUGCACAGGUCAUGUCCUCCAAUCGGAUCAUAGUGUCUACGACAGGAGCAGUUGCCAACUUGCCAUCGCCAGGUUCGGGAACGAGAGACAGGCCCGGGGCAGGUCCGGAUGGGCUGAAGAGGUCCGGGAGCGGUAAGACGGCGGGGCCAGUGGUACGGAGCCCCUCUGGUGGUGCUUCGGGGCAGCAGGGGAAGGAGGAGAAGGGAGGGAAGGAAGGGGAGGAGGGUGUGGGAGAGGCUGUGGUGGAAAAGAAAGAGGAGGGUGAGAAGGGCGAGGAGAAGCGGGAGAAGGGGAGUGAUGCGGCUGUGGCAAAUGGAGAACAGAAUGUAGCAGGGAAGGGUGAAGAGGUUCAGGGGAAGAGCAAGGAGGAGGUGGCAGCGAAGGUCACAGUCGAGCCAGUUUCAGCAGAGGGGGGUGUGGGGAAAGAAAGUGCAGGGAAGGAGGGUGAAGGGAAGGAGGGUGAAGGGAAGGAGGGUGAAGGGAAGGAGGGUGAAGGGAAGGUGGGUGAAGGGAAGGUGGGUGAAGGGAAGGAGGGUGAAGGGAAGGAGGGUGAAGGGAAGGUGGUAGAAGGGAGGGAUGGGAAGGACGGUGGUGAUGCAAAUGUGAAGGUUUCAAGCGAGGAGGAAGAGAAAAAGGCAGGCGGGGAGGUGACUGGUGUUGUGGCACCUGCUGCUGCUCCUGCUGCUGCUUCAGCUGCAGCAGUUGCUCCUGUGGUGGCGAAACCAGUGGAGGAGAGUAAGGAAGGAGAGGGGUUAAGUGGGGAGGCGGGCGCAGCAAAGGAUAAAGGAGAGGAGAAGAAGGGUGGGAAGAAGAAAGACAAGAAGGAGAAGAAGAAGAAAGGAAUGGAGAAGGGAGAGGAGAAGGAUGUAGGCGAUAUGGACUUCCGCUCCUUCCUGCGCGAGUGUAACACUGUGCUGAAACCGCCUGCUGCACAAAGAGUUCAGCAAAUGGCAGCGCAAGGGUUCAACCGCCCUAUUGACGCCCUUUCGGGUGCACCUGGGGGAGGUUUGAACCGGCCAGGUAUGGACGAGGACCGGUGGGCGAGAGGGCCAGGUAUGGGCCCGAGAGGUCCGGGCGGAGGUAUGGACGGAGGGGUGCUGGGCCCGCCUGGAGGUCCGGGGUUCAGAGGUCCGGGAGGCGGGCCGCCUAUGAGUAUGGGAGGCCCGGGGAUGCGGGGAGGAAUGGGGGGACCUGGGGGACCGUUGCUGGGGAGGGGGGAUAGAGGGGUUCUGCCUCAUGGUGCGCCUGGGAUGGGGGGACCUGGGGGGAUGCCCAUGGGUGGUCCGAGGGGAGGGGUGGAUGCAGAUAGAUGGCAGAGAAACCCGAUGCAGAAUCGGGCUGCCCCUGUGGGACCCCCGCUGCCUGCGAUUCACAAGACGGAGAAUCGGUACAAGGCAGGGAUGGUGUCUGAUGAGGAGGAGAAGAAGCAGAGGCAGAUCAAGGGGAUUCUGAACAAGCUGACGCCUCAGAAUUUCGACAAGCUGUUCAAUCAGGUGAAGGAGGUUCAGAUUGACUCUCCUGAGACGCUCACUGGGGUGAUUGGGCAGAUUUUCGAUAAGGCUCUUUUGGAGCCGACGUUUUGUGAGCUCUAUGCUAAGUUCUGCCAGGCGUUGUCGGUCGAGCUGCCUCAGUUUGGGGAGGGGAAUGAUAGAGUGACUUUUAAGCGCACGCUUUUAAACAAGUGCCAGGAGGAGUUUGAGCGAGGGGAUCAGGAGCAGCUGGAUGCUGAGAAGGAGGAGGAGGAGGUGGAGGUGGAGGAGGAGGAGGAAGGGGAGGGGAAGAAAGGGGAAGGGGAGGGGAAAGAUGGGGCGGACGGGAAGGGGGAAGAGAAGAAGGAAGGGGAGGAAGAGAAGAAGGAAGGGGAGGAAGAGAAGAAGGAAGGGGAGGAGGGUGGGAAGGAGGAAGGAAUGGAAGGGAAGAAGGAAGGGGGCAAGGGGGCGAAGGUGAUGGUAAAGAAGAUGGUGAAAUUGACAGAGGCGGAGAGGCAGAGCAGGAGACAGAAGGCUCGGAGGCGCAUGCUGGGGAAUAUCCGCUUUAUAGGAGAGCUCUAUAAGAUGACAAUGCUCACGGAGCGAAUCAUGCACGGGUGCAUCCAGAAGCUACUUGGAAACACCGAGGUGAGCCUUUAUAGCACAUGA